AUGGCAGCGGCAGAAGAGGGCAAAACAGAUCUGGCCCAUGCCCUGGAAAAGCUCUUGCGUCGGCCACUGACCAGCGAGGACGUGGCAUAUGACACUUCUGAAGACAUAAAUGCCUUGGAGCCAUCCUUUCAGUCGUCUGUGACCGUCCGACUGGACAAGCGCGAGUUCACAAGGCAAGCUGCAGGUCACUCGGCAGCCAAUUCGCAGCAUAACGCUGCCAUGAAUCUCUUGAAGGAUUGGGCCGAAGUCCAGGCCCACGCAGACGCAAGCCAGGAGAACCCUGAUGUAGCUCCGGCAGAAGAAACGCCGGCAACACGCACAAGCGAAGGAGCCACAUCUGUGGAGUCGGACGGCCGGUCGGUGGAUUACAAAAGCAUGUUCUCGAAACUCAUGCAGAAAGUGUUAGGCCGUUCGGCAACAAAAGACGAUGUACAGUUUCAGACUGUGGAGCUGCAGCCUCAGAGUCAGCAGAGCAAGCCGAUCUUCCAGUCUACGGUGAUUCUGAAAAUAGGCGCAAGCGAACGAUGGACGUGCGUUGGAGAGGCAGUCUGCGGUCAGAAAAAGGCUGCCGAGCAGAACGCAGCCCGGAAAGCUUUGGAGGAGUGUCCGGAGCUCAAGCCGCUCUACGGGGCGAUGUUCAUGCCCACCCCAGACGACCGGAGCGUAUGCCCUGCCUUAUCAAACGAUGACACCGCUGAGAUUCCGGACAUGACGGCGGCAGACGACCGCACUGCAUACCCAAAAGCCUUGUCAAAUGAUGACACCACUGACAGUCCGGACGUGACGGAUGGGCUUGCGGGUGACAAGAGGAUAGAGUACGAGGCCGCGAAGCCGGCGACUGUCCAAGUGGUCUCUGAGGAGGCGCUGCCCGAAGAUCUCAGGCUGCGCUUGUCACAGGAGGAGGUGCGCAUUCCGCACGAUCUCGCUGAGCUGACAGAAGUCGAGGUAGAGGAGCUGGGGAAAGGUUUGAAGCUUGGAAGCAUUGCCCGCCUCCGACGCCUUCAUCGAGGCUGUCGGCGGACUUCCUGA